CCAUUGCCACUCGAAUCAUCUGCUCACGGAAUUUCAAUGGGAACGGCUCUAAACGAACGAUCAAAGAAACGAACAAGAAACAAACACGCGCACCAUGAAGAGAAUACUGGGGAAGCAAAAGGCAAAACAGAAAGAACGCGACGACGACGAUGAAGACAUCGGCGGUGGGGAUGCCGACGUCAACGCUCAUCACGACGAAAACCUCGAAUCCUACCGCAGCAGCAGCGAAACCACCACCGACGGCCCCGAAGACGACGCCGACGAGGUGUACCGGCACGCCGAAACGGACUACGACCAGAGAGAACGCGGCAGCGACAGUGACAGCUAUGGCAGCGAGUUUUCGGAACCCUCCUCCGGCGACGAGGAAGACGACGGCGACAGCUACGAGAACGAGGGCUUCGACGAGGACUACCAGGCGCGGUACAGUUUUGCGCCGGAUGGCGGAGACUACGGGAUCGAUCCCGGGGACGCCAGCCACCACGUGGUCCUGAUGGAGGACGAGGAAGACAUGGGGGAUUCGACCAUCAACCACAGCGGGAACACCACCCUCGAAAACAGCAAGAGCAACAGCAAUAGCAACAGCACCGGAAGCAAGCACCGCCACAAACCCCGCGGCGGCAGGAGGAAGGAGAUACUCCAAUCGGGAGACGACACAAUCGACAGCAAAAAGGUAGACCACGACCAACAGCAGGAACAAGAAGAAGAAACACCCGCCAAGAAGGUGAAGAAGAAACGGGGAUUUUUCGGCAGGCUGUUCGGCAAAAAGGCCGGCAAGAAGGGGACUGGCUUUGGCGACAGCAAACGGUCGCUGGUGUCCGCGGACUCGGUCUCCAGGGCCUCCUCCAAAGAGAGCAAGGCCAAGAAAAAGAAAAAGCGGAAAAAUCAACGAGAGGAGGAAGAAGAAGACCAGCACGACGUCCCCGUUUCGCCGAGCAUCGCGGACAGCGAGGGGCAGUCCUACAGCGUCAUGGACGACGAGUGGCAAUCGCAAACGGGCGAAAACCAGUCCUACGCCUACUCCGUCGUCAUCGACGACGGGUCGCAGUCCUUUGACGACGACGGAUCGUCUUCUACGGCUAGCCAGUCCCUCUACCGGCAGAAAGGCGUCAAGGGGAAACAGAGAAAGAAGUACUUCCACCAGAUGCCGGGGGUGGCCGAGGAGGACGAGGAAUCUUACAACCCAAGCAUGCCGGGGGAAGAAGGGGAGGACGAUGAAUCCUACAGCAUCAACAUCGCGGACGACGGGUCGUCCUUCACCACCUUCCAGACCAUGGAGGACCAGAGGGGGCUACAGUACCCCCCCAUGGAAACCCUGCGGGAAGAAACGGACGAAGACCAAACGGUGGACAAUUCCGCGAGCUUCCACUACAACAGCAACGAAGAAGACACAGACAUCGGCCACGACAUCGACUCCAUGCACCGAUCGGAACGGGUCGGGGACCCCGAUACCGAGGGCUUCGAUGCCGAUGCAGAGGGCUUCGAUGCCGCCACUUUUGAUGCCGCGACCUUCGAUGCCGCCACUUUUGAUGCCGCGGCCUACGAUGCAGAGAGCUUUCUUUCCAACCUGGCAAAGAAGUCGGAUCUGAAACCCUCCAAACAGAACAAACCGUCGUCGAAGCGAUCGUCGAAGCGUUCCAAGAAGCCGUCGUUCGAUGCCGAUGCAGAGACCUUCGAUGCCGACACUUUUGAUGCCGCGGCCUACGAUGCAGAGAGCUUUCUUUCCAACCUGGCAAAGAAGUCGGAUCUGAAACCCUCCAAACAGCAGAAACCUUCGUCGUCUUCUUCACUGAAGAACAAACCGUCGUCGAAGCGAUCGUCGAAGCGUUCCAAGAAGCCGUCGUCGAACAAAAUGCCUUCGAUAAGCUCCUACGCUCUGCCGCCGCUCCAAAACAUCAACGCCUUCCAGCACUCUCUGGGCACUCAGAGCAGCGGAAACAGCUCCCCCGCCAGCACCGAUACCCCCUUCUCGGUGGUGCAGAUCCACGACCUCCAGACCGAGGUCGACAAGCUCAAGAUGCUGGUGAGCCUCUUGGUGGAGCGGAUGGAGCUCUACGAACGCCAGUCAGAGUGCCUGGUGGAGGCCAGCGUCGCGCACAACACCAAGUGGAAAAAGGCCACCAUCCGAAAGUACGACCGGUCCAGCAAGCGCAAGGCCUCGCAAUCCUCGUCGGUGGCCCGCCUGUCCACCAUCAAGGGCCUCAUGGAGGAACAAGGCGUGAUGGACACCUGGAUCAAGCAACUCGAGACGGUCCAGAGGGGCUACAGGGACCGGCUGGAGGCGACGACGAACCAGCUCAAGGCCCUCCGUUACGAACAGAUGCUGACCAACAAGCAGAUCAUCGAGCUCAAGCGAGAAAAGAGCAAGGCCAGGCACACCUCCGUUUCCAAGUACGCGACGGUGAUCGAGGUCCACAACAAGCCCGGGUCGUCUGCCGCCCCGAGCAGCAGCAGCGGCGACAGCGGCAACAAGGGUGCCAAGCGAGAUGCGACGAACCGGGCCCAGCAGAACUCCCUGGUCGAGGACAUGAUGUCGAACUGGCAGGCGGAGCAGCAGCACACCUCGGCGGCCCUGGGGCCCCACUUCAUCGGCAAACCUACCAGCCGGAGCAACAGCUUCACCAGCAGCCACGCGGGCAGCAGCUACACGAGCAACAGCAGGAGGAAGAAGAAGGACAGCAGAAAAAAGAAGAAAAAAAAGAAGUCCGAGGCAUGAACAAAAGAGUGGACGGGACUUUCUUCUCUAUUGGGAACAAGAUGGGGUUGAUGCGUGGAGCUGCUUGCAUCCGAUCGGCAGAAUUCGAAGGUCGUCAAUGGCUUGAGGUUUGCGUGCUAUCUAAUGACUAAUCUAGUGUAAUAGUGUUGACGUAGUAAUACAAUAAAAUCGGGAUC